AGGCGGCCAAACGACCACUGAUCAUCAGCCAGGCUUCCAGGAGCUAAGCGAGAGCAGCCAUGUCAGAGAAGGUGAGUCGCACAACCCCUCAGUCCGAGCGGAAGAACCCGCAGCCCAGGAACCUCGACAUGGGAAAGUUCGCCUACAGGAUGUGGGCCUUUGAGCAUGAGAACUUCCAGGGCCGCUGCAAGGAGUUUUCUGGCGAGUGCAUGAAUUUGUGCAACAGUGGCUUCGAGAGAGUGGGCUCCAUUCGCAUUGACUGUGGGCCCUGGGUGUUCUACGAGCAGGCCAACUUCUGCGGAGAGAUGUUUGUCCUGGAGAGGGGAGAAUAUCCCCGCUGGGACUCCUGGUCCAACAGCCACAGGAGCGAGUACAUCAUGUCCUUCAGGCCCAUCCUAAUGGAGUCAGAGCAGCACAAAAUCUGCCUGUACGAAAUGGCGGAGUUUAAGGGCCGCAAGAUGGAGAUCGUUGACAAUGACGUUCCCAGCCUGUACUCCUAUGGUUUCACCGACAGAGUUGGCAGCGCCAGUGUGGCCUGCGGGACCUGGGUGGGCUACCAGUACCCAGGUUACCGCGGCUACCAGUACGUGUUUGAGAAGAAUGAUUACAGGCACUGGAACCAGUGGGGCGGCCGCAAGCCAGAGAUUCAGUCCAUUCGCCGAAUCCGAGAUAGCCAGUGGCACAAAGUUGGCUGUUUUAACUAG